UUGGAUACUUCCACGGACAGAACAGUUUUGACAGUGCCGGCAGGAGAUUUUGCCAGCUGCCAUGGUCGUUCAAUUAGCGUCCCGAGGUAACGCCGCACAACUCGCUUGCCGGGAAAUUUCGCAGGGGAGAAAACGGCAGAGACCCACGGAAGGCAUGUGCGGCAAUUUGAUCAGUUAAGAUGAGCGACGAGUGACUCGACUUUCGGUCUCCGGUCAGUAUUGUUGAACGCAAUCUUCUGACUCCGACGGCAGAAAUCGCUCAAGACACGCGCAUAUGCUUCGUUCUCUCCUAGAAAGACGGCUGAAAAGCAAGAGGUGCCGCCAAACGACACACCCGUUUGCAGCGGGAAGGAGGGUGCUGUAACCGGGUUCUGGUUCCGUUCCUGCAACGGAGAAGAAAAGCACAGUAUCGCCUCGACGUCCUGGAAUGCCGGUAUUGACGCUGCAUCUGAAAAAACUGGCAUCAUGAAGAGUGCGAAUAGUCAUCACACUUCACGUCACCUUCCGCCACCUCUCCAAGUAACCGGAUUUUCCACAACGGGUAAUUUCUCUCCCCGGCUCUCCCCUGAUUUCAUGUCUUUGCCAUCCUCUCCAUCUGCAUCGUCCACGUAUUCCUCUGCAGAUGAAGAGUUGCACUUGUCUCAGAAGGACGGAGUGGAACAGAGUUUGCGACCUUUAUUACCGCCAUUAAAAGAUAAUGAGUUUCUCGGUUUUUGCGGUGUCCAAGCGGGGGCCCUAGUCUCCCCGUCAAGCAGAUGGCAACCGGCUUCAACAGCUGGUGGCAGCAGUAAUGGGGAAGACGGACGACAGGUAGUAUUGCGGUCAACAGAUGUCGACGAAGGCUCAGCAGUUCAGGACAAAAGCAAAGGAAAUUGUCCAUUCGAGUCACAUGCGACAGACCGUUAUUUUGCCAGCAUGGAAUCCUCAUCCUCUCGAGCCACCAACGCGGUGGGUUUUGCUGACCACAGUUCCCCAACACUACUGGAGGGUCCAUUAUCCGCAGCAGCGAAAGCGGUUGCGGCGUUCGGUAUCUGGAAGGAGAAAGGGAGUCAUUUUCACGGAGAAGGCAACGGUUCAUCUGCCAAUUUAACCAAAGAGGAGAACCCUCAUGACCAACAUCCAGACGAAGGUCUGUCGUGUGCACACAACAGUGGCACCCAAGCAUCUCAAUUAGGGAGGCCCGAUCUUACGCACGGUCAAGGUGACCUUUCCAAACACCCACCAUUAGAAAACAAAUUGGAGUCUUUAACUAGCCAGAAGCUUCGCCUAGAACUAAAUAGAGAUGGAACUUCCAGUAUCACAACUUGCGGGCUGCAAGGCGGGUUCACGUCCGCUCAUCCAACAGAGCCUCUCUUGUCAGGGUCCCCCGACGGUUUGGGCCGUCACGAAGAAGUGAAACCUGAGGGCCAUUCGGCACUCAACUGGGUGGACGCUGCUGUUUCGAAAACACUGGAAGCUUCGGAGAACAUGCUGCGACCAGGGUUUGCUGGGACGAGUGAACUCCUGAACCACUGUGUUGCUAUGCCUCCGCAACUGCCCUCUGGGAGCAUCCGCAGUAGAGCGGAGGAGGAGCUUUCGUUGCUCGUUGAAGAUCAGUGGCGCCUCCUUGCCGGAUCAAAUGGAUGGGAGGAUAUUUUCACGUCCGUGCAGCAUAAGGCGGUGCUCAGAUACCAACGGUUGUGGCACAUUCUCCAGUCUGUUGCGCGGUGUGAUAGUGCGACUGCGGCUGCGACACAAGGCAUCGGGGAAGAAAGCGAGACGACAACCGCAUUGGGGCUAGAUCGCUUCGUUCUUCUGUAUGCCAUCCCCGCAUUCAGGAGAGAAGGGGGAAGGAACAGAAAAUGGAGAAUAUGCAAAGUGCACUACUUCGUUGAAGAUCUACAAAGCACCACAAAUGUCUCUCCUGUCCACGAGGCAGAGUCAGACACUGUCAAAUUUGAAGGCUCUACAACGGUGGGAGAAUGGCACAACCAGCAGAUGAUCUUUAUCAUGGAAGAUCCUUGCAACGCCGAUGCACUGUUCACGGGAGUGUUCUUCGUACCCAAAACCAAGAGGCUCAGGUGCUGUUUCUUUACAGACGGAGACAGCGAUGACGCUGAUUUCCCCGCACAGGUGGCACCUGGAGGCAUACACCCAGCAGGAACAGGAAGCCGGUACAACUCCGUCGAGUGGCCGUCUAACGAGGUCCCCACUGAGUUCUAUUCUCGUUUUCGAGGACGACGGUGUUACUGCUUUCCGCCUGGUGCCUCCGUUACAACCAUCCGCGAUGGUGAAGUGGCCGACGUGGAUAAAAUUACCACAACUGGAGUUACCCUCCGCCUGGAUCACGAGCUCCUGAAGAGCGAGGAAUGGUCAGGAGGAUCGCUUCUUUAUAUGGUCGAGCACGCUGGCAGCUGGGUGGAGAAGCAAUUCAGCGAACUUGACGGCAGUGUCAGUUUGACUGAGCAAAGAAGCGUUACGUUCGUCGUCAAGAGCAAAAACGGACAGAACUACUUGCACGCAACUGGAGGAGGCAAUAUGCGUGUCGCCUUUCCUGGAGCUUACGUCAUCUGUCCGAACGGGCGCGUGGUAGAAUGCGCUUUGACCACCAGCGCUCACACUCCAAUGCACCAGCAACAUGAAGCGCUCGUCACUCAGUUGAUCAGGCAACUUAAGAGUAAAGGCAUCACGCUUCAGAGCUCAGUGACUCAGAGAUUCGCCCUCAUCUCUCCCUCUGAAAACCAUAGCAGAAAAGCAGCGACUGCUCUUCACGCAACAGAAGCAUGGCGUCUGCAAAAUCGGCCGCAAAUGUUUAACAUUCACACCCCUUCGGAAAGCGAGUGUGACGAAUGAGUAAUGAGGUCGAAAGUUAUGUCAAUACGUGAACGUGGUGAAAGGGGCCCUUACGGUUCAUAGGUUUACUCCCGAUGAGGCCGACAGGAGCGCGAGAGUGACAAACACCCGCUCAGAAACAGCGAGCACAGUGUUCCUCUGUGAGACAGCCAACAGAAAUAAGUGACUAUUUUUAGUGGUAUCUAUAGAAAUAACCACUGUUUUUUUUCGUUCCCUUCUGUCUCCCGGAGGGCCAAGCCAUCGAUUUGACACUGAAAUGUGUUUUUUAAGCUUCAGACACAACCGAAUGUAAUGUUGUUCUCCUCUGACCCAUAACGGUCAAGAGUUCACCGCCCUCCUACCCAGUACACAUCGUUUUCCCCUCCAAUUUUCCCUCGCGCUACCCCCAAAUAAUGAACGAUUUUUGUGUUGCCUUGAAGCAGUGAAUCUGACACGGGCAACUAACCACUG